AUGUUUUGCGUGCAGCUUCAGCUGCUACGCUGUGUUGCGAUGCUCGCAACCUUUGGCCUGCUCGUCCUGGUCACCUUCCUUUGCAUGAUGUACUGUGCGUUUGCGGAUCCUGGCCAGAUGAUGGAGGAGCCGGCGGAUCUCGAGGAGGGCGCGCUUCCUCGACGUGCUCACAAGUCAUGGCUCUACCCACGCCCAAUCCUGCGUCACGACCACUAUUGCAAGUGGGUCCACAAUGUGAUUGGCCUGCGGAACCAUCGAGCAUUCUUUGUCAUGGUUCUCGGCUUGGCCUUGAUGGGCGCGGUGGGUGCCUCGGUGGACGCCUACCUCUUGGCCUCGCAGCUUGCCAAAGAGGGCUUCAUCUUCCAGCCCGUGCAGCUCCUGUUUCUGCUGCACCUGGGCUACAGCCUUGCGCUGCUACGCCUGGACCUGCCCAUACUACAGAUCCACGUGGGCCUCAUUUCAAGGAACGAGUUGAACUCAGAGUGGAAGGAGGACUUUUUCUGGAAUGCCCCCGGACCAGGCCGCGUCUCGGCGCGGGAGCUGGACGUUGACGAGUACAAUGCUUUGCUCGAUGCGGAUGCGUUUGUGUACGACGCCAGCAGGAAUCCCUUUGACAAGGGCGUUGUUACCAACUGCGCGAACUUCUGGCUCAAGUCGCGGUCCGAUAGCUUGGGCGACUGGUAG